UUAUGUUGUCAAAUUCAAAUUGUCAAAUUUUACUCUAUUGAACUUGUAAAGUUAUCAAUUUAAAUUUUAAUAUAAUGUUAUUUAUAAUAUACUACAUUUUGCAUUCAAUUCAACUUCUUUAUUAGUUUUCAGUAUAUAUAGGAAGGAAGGAAAAUAAUAUAUUGGAAAGAUGUGUCGACCAAAACUUAUGUAUUUAUUACUUAUUGUCUUAUUCUUCACCUGUUUCUGUGAAGGAAUAGAGAUACCGGAACAGUUUCAAAAAUCGAACCACACUAAUAAUUGGGCGGUAUUGGUGGACACAUCAAGAUUUUGGUUUAAUUACCGGCAUGUAGCUAAUGUAUUAUCUAUUUAUCGUAGUGUUAAAAGGCUAGGAAUACCAGACAGUCAGAUUAUUCUUAUGAUAUCUGAUGAUAUGGCCUGCAAUCCACGAAAUCCUCGCCCAGCAACUAUAUUUAAUAAUGCACAUGAACAAAUCAAUGUUUAUGGAGAUGAUGUUGAGGUGGACUACAGAGGGUAUGAAGUUUCAGUAGAAAACUUCAUUCGUUUACUAACUGGAAGAGUUCCACCAGACACACCUCGCUCGAAACGGCUGCUUACCGAUGAAGGCAGUAAUAUAUUAAUUUACCUUACUGGACAUGGUGGAGAUGGUUUCCUUAAAUUCCAGGACUCAGAAGAAGUGACUAGUCAAGAAUUAGCUGAUGCUCUUGAGCAGAUGUGGCAAAAGCAAAGAUAUAAUGAAAUAUUUUUCAUAAUUGAUACAUGUCAAGCUUCUUCUAUGUAUGAAAAAUUUUACUCACCAAAUAUAUUGGCCACAGCCAGCAGUUUAGUGGGUGAGGACUCACUUUCUCAUCAUGUGGAUUCUGCAAUUGGUGUGUACAUUAUUGAUAGAUAUACAUAUUAUGUAUUGGAAUUUCUCGAAAAUGUACACCCGACCAGCAAGAGGACUAUGUCAGAAUUUCUGGCUGUUUGCCCAAAGAGUGCAUGUUUAUCAACAGUUGGAGUUCGUCGGGAUCUAUUUAAGAGGAAUCCUGACAAGGUGCCUAUUACUGAUUUCUUUGGGUCAGUGCGGCCAGUUAUAAUUACCACUGAGCCUAUUAACAUAUUGGAAAUACCAAAGAGAAAGAAGACUGUCACAAAUAAAUCUACAUCAUCUGAGAAGCUUGAAUAUCUUCCACAAUUUCCUGUACAUUUAUUACAAACUACAAAGUGAUACCAAUGACGUUAGUAAUAAAUUGUAUGACCAUAAA